ACCUACUUUUCAACUACACAUUCAAAAUGCCCCCUAAGGCCGCUGAGAAGAAGCCCUCCACCGGUGGCAAGGCCCCCGUUGGCGGCAAGGCCCCUGCUGAGAAGAAGGAGGCUGGCAAGAAGACUGCCACCGCUGCCACUGGCGAGAAGAAGAAGCGCGGCAAGACCCGCAAGGAGACCUACUCUUCCUACAUCUACAAGGUCCUCAAGCAGGUCCACCCUGAUACUGGUAUCUCCACUCGCGCCAUGUCUAUCCUCAACUCCUUUGUCAACGACAUCUUCGAGCGUGUCGCUACUGAGGCCUCUAAGCUGGCUGCUUACAACAAGAAGUCUACCAUCUCCUCUCGGGAGAUUCAGACCUCCGUGCGCCUCAUCCUUCCCGGUGAGCUGGCCAAGCACGCCGUCUCUGAGGGCACCAAGGCUGUGACCAAGUACUCUUCUUCCGCUAAAUAA